AACAGUGUAAUCAAAUCCAAUCUCUGCAAGUUUUUGAGCAACAAUGGCGACUACGAUACCGCUCUUCGCUUCUUUCAAAUACGCCGAUAGCUUAACCGUCGUCGGAAUCUCCAUCUGCACCGCGUUGGUCUGUGAAGCCAUCUCAUGGAUCUUAAUCUACCGUACCAGCUCAUACAAAUCCUUGAAAUACUCCAUUGACAAAGCCGCGAAGAAACUCGAAACAAUGAAAACAGAGAAUCCAUCGUCGAAGCUAAGCAUAAAGAAAUCGAAGACAAAGAAGAUCGAUCGCGUUGAAACCAGCUUAAAGGAAUCGAGCCGAGAUCUGUCACUCUUCAAGUUCAAAUCCGGCGCCGUUGUGGCACUGGUUCUCUUCGUCGUCUUCGGAUUACUCAAUUCACUAUUCGAAGGUAAAGUAGUCGCGAAGCUUCCGUUCCAUCCGAUAACGAUAGUGAAGAAGAUGAGUCACAGGGGAUUGAAAGGCGAUGAUCCGACGGAUUGCUCAAUGGCUUUUCUAUAUCUGCUGUGUUCAAUUAGUAUCAGAACCAAUCUACAGAAAUUUCUAGGGUUUUCUCCGCCGCGAGGAGCUGCUGGUGCUGGUGGUUUGUUCCCCAUGCCUGAUCCUAAGACCAACUGAAUCAAAAUCAGUAUGAUCAUCACACUUCUUUUGAUUUUUUGUUUUUGUUGAAAUUUUUGAACAAUCUGAUGGUUUUUCAUAAUAACAAACAGUUUCACGUUUU